AUGGUUGAAACAACCCCACCACAGCGAAACAAAAUGUUUGCUGCUCUCAAUCCUGUUCUGAUCGAAGAAACACUCAAGAAGGUGGAUCGAUGCUUGGUUCGGCUACAAGAACUUCAAUUCACGGUGGCCGGUGGAACGAAGGUGGUCUCAGGGGUAAGUCUCAGUCCUGGCGGCACCAGAGGGUAUCUCAGAACCAGUCUAAGGUGCAAGCAAGAAUCAAUCAGGAUCAAGAAUGAAGCACCAAAGAGAUCUCCGCAGGGAAAGUUUCCCAGGCUAGUUAAUUCAGAAGGUGAGUGGAGGCAAAUGUCAUUGCCUGCAAUGAUCGUAGGUGAAACUGUUGGAGAAAUUUUACAGGCAAGUCAAUUUGCCAGAGAAAUAGUUUCAGCAGUUGGUAAAACUACCAACAAGGAGCCAAAAACUCCACCACCCCAAUGGUCAAACCAGAAAGUUGACCCUGAAAACACACAACUCAAGGCUAGAAGGAACAAAGAGAAGCAAAUUAAACUACGCUAUGAUUCCCCACCACCUCAACGGGCUCGUUCAAGAAUCAAUUUCAAAGUAAGAGAAUCUGAUAAAGAGAAUAACAAGUAUUUGGCCAAUGGGGUAUAUGCAAGUAAUAGGCCAUGUGGUAGCAACAAGACAGUACUAUUCGCCAACCCUUUAUUCUUGUCAACAUCUUCUUCACGUCAACAACAGUUUAGCAAGACAAGAUCACCUGUCAUAUUAAGAAACGAAGGAACACAGCACAAGGUUUUGAUCAAGUCCCCACCUUCAGCUUCAAAAUUUCAAGUCAAAGUCAAAAGCCCACCAAAUGUUUAUACUUCUUCACCCACAAGACCUACAUGUUUGAGCAAGAAGAAGUGUUCUCCAAAGAGAUGGGUUCGACCCUUCUCUCCUUCUAGAAAAAGUGAUGGGCCAAAAAAAUCAGCUCCAUCAAAACUAUGUCGAUCUUUCUCUCCUUCAAGAUUGGCAACCAAGUUGGUUUCACCAUUAAAGAGCAAGAAAAGCAAAGGGAUGGGUUAG